GUAGCCCUUAAAAAGCGAUUUCUGUAAAGAAAUGCAGAUGUUGUUUAUGCUCAAAGAGCAACAUUACACACUAACUAAAGUUAAAUCAACCACCCCUUUAACGUUUUAACCAAUUACAAGGUGUUUGGUCCAAUUAGACCCAACAUAUGAUUCUGUGAUUAUUCACAUUUCUCUUCUUUCUCUACAGACAGAAAAUGGGGAUGUUCUGUGUACACACUGUCUUCAUAAUUGUAAUAGCACUGACCUUUAUAACCUUGUGUGACACAAUCAAGCCCACUCAGAGGCCAAAGUACCAGUACACCAAGAAACCCCCUAGAGAGGUGGUCCAAACUACUGCAUAUGCAGGCAAGCCUACAGUCACAGCACGGAUUGUGGACUACACCAAAACAAGAGAGCGCUUCCCUGCAUACAUCACAGAGAGCACUACACUUCCUGCUGACAACUAUAUAGACUACCCUACAGAUACCACCGCAUCUCCAACAACAGCAAAAGACAAUUACACACUAGACUAUAAUGAAUGCUACUUCAACUUCUGCGAGUGCUGCCCUCCAGAGAAAGGCCCACAAGGGUUCAAAGGAGACAUAGGACUGCCAGGCAUACCUGGGGAAAAGGGAGCACCUGGACCCAAAGGUCUACCAGGUCCAAUAGGGCCAAAGGGCAUUCCAGGAUCUAAAGGGGAUAAAGGAGAGAAAGGUGAUCAAGGAAACACAGGACUCUCGGGAUCUCCAGGCAUCCAGGGAAAGGCUGGAAUGAAAGGUGAGAUGGGUAUUAAAGGUGAGAAGGGUGCAGCUGGCCUGCCAGGAUUCAAAGGUUCUAAAGGGGAAAAAGGAGAUCCAAAUCUGAAUGUGUCAAAGGGUGAUAUGGGAGAGACAGGCAAAGAUGGACCACCAGGACCCCAAGGCAUGACUGGUGAAAAGGGUGAAAAAGGUGAUAGAGGGGAGUGUGGUUUACUUGGUGAGAGGGGCCAGAAAGGUGAGGCAGGUGACCCUGGACCACCAGGUGUGCGUGGAGACCCUGGUCCAUCUGGGCAACACGGUAUGCAUGGAACUCCAGGCAUCGCUGGAGAACGUGGGGAACCGGGAAUUCCUGGAGCAAAGGGUGAGCCAGGAGCACGUGGGCCACCAGGAAACAAAGGUAUUAGAGGUCUGAGGGGAAUAAAGGGUGACCGUGGCCCCCAAGGGAAACGUGGAGACCGAGGCCUACGGGGAAUGAAGGGUGCUAUGGGUCAAAGUGAAUCGAGAGUACGUUCUGCUUUCAGCGUUGGCCUAUAUCCCAGCAAGUCUUUUCCUCCUUCGGGAUUUCCAGUUCGCUUCGACAAGAUCUUCUACAAUGGAGAAAACCAUUAUGACAUCAUCACAAGCAAAUUCAACUGCACCUACUCAGGAGUUUAUGUGUUCUCCUACCAGAUCACAGUGAGAAACAAGCCACUUCGUGCUUCUUUGGUGGUGAAUGGGGUGCGUAAGGUACGUUCGAGAGACACUCUACAAGGUCAAGACAUUGACCAGGCAUCCAAUCUAGUGGUCCUGAAGCUGGAUGUCGGAGACCAGGUUUGGGUAGAGACGCUGAGAGACUGGAAUGGUGUCUACUCUAGCAGCGAGGAUGACAGCACCUUCUCUGGGUUCUUGCUCUACCCUGACUAACGCCCUCUCUCCAUGUAUAAACCAGGGCUAGAUCUUGAACUGAACUUUACAUGAUAUGGACAUGAGAGGAAUUAGGCUUAGUGUUGUUAUCAUAGAGAGAAGGAAGUGUACUGUUUAAAUGAGCAUCAGCCUACACUAUUGAUUUCAUUGUGUUAACCAUGCCAGAUAGGCUAAUUUGAUUUCAAAAUUAAAUCUUAUUUUGGGGAAAGAACACCUAAAAUACAUCAAAUUGUCAUAUGUGUUGUAAGAGCACUGUGCAACUCUUUUUGUACUGACUGUUUUGGACAUUCAGUAUAUGUUAAAACUUUCUUUUCAGAAAAUAAUUGUUUUUAUGAGGUGAUUAGUCUUCUUAGACAAUUAUUUUAUCUCUUGGUGUACAGUCUUUAUGUACCGAUCAGAGAUCAGGCAUUUUGACAACAGAAAGUGUGACUGAAUGAUCCUGUACAUCAAUGAGCCUCUAAGAAAGGGCAUAUUGAUUAUUCCACCCAACAUUUUCAAUGGAGGCAUCAUUCCUUAAACAUUUGGUUACUCAUAGGGUCAACAAAAUAAACACAAAUUGUAACAUCAAAUCAUAUGUAAUAUAUUGUAUGGAACUUAAAUCGCAAUGUAGGCUUUGGGUUGUUGGGUUUCUGAGCACAUAAUAAUAAAAUCAAGCAAGGAAUAUCACUUUGAUUAAGGCUUCACUUUCCUCACAACAAACUGAAAAUGCGCAAAGUCUUUCGAUUCUGAAUCUUACUUGAAUGCAUCAUCAUCAGAAACCUAUGUUAUGGUUCCAUAAGACUUCCUCAGUUAAAAUUAUGGUUUUCUGAACACAGAGACAGAAAUGAAUUUUUAUUCUUGCGUUUGGCAUGUCCUCAGUUUAAGUCCUGUUCCAAAGCCUAAUGGGAUAUUUAAUGCAGAGUUUUGCCAUGGCUCAGCAUCCUGUUUCCCAACAGGUUUCUCUUCCCAGUGUGUAGUUUAUGUGUUGGAGAAUGAGCCAAGUGUUGUUUUUCAUGCAGUAGUAUUCC